AUGAUCUCUUCAACGAAAUUAUUCAUCUGUAUUGUGGGAAAUAUUUUUUCCAGUAUAGCCAUUGUUUUUUGCAAUAAAUGGAUCUAUACAAAUUAUGGAUUUCCUAACGUCACGUUGACAUGCAUUCAUUUCGUAAUGACAUACUUGGCACUUAAAGUUUGUAUAGUUCUUAACAUAUUUACUCCCAAAAAGAUUCCUCUCUGCGAAAUGAUCCCGUUAUGUUUAUGCUUUUGCGGUUUCGUUGUUUUUACAAAUCUCAGUCUACAAAACAACACAGUUGGUACCUAUCAAGUCGCUAAAGUUAUGACUACUCCGACAAUUUUAAUUGUUCACAGCUUGAUUUACCAUAAGAAAUAUUCUCUGAAAAUAAUACUGACAAUUUUUCCAAUAAUACUUGGUGUAUUUCUGAAUUUUUGGUACGAUGUAAAAUUCAACAUUAUUGGGACAAUCUAUGCUUCAACUGGUGUCCUUGUCACGGCUCUUUAUCAAGUGCUUGUUGGCACUAAACAACAGCAACACCAGUUGUCAUCCAUGCAAUUGUUAUUCUAUCAGGCACCAUUGUCAGCAUUGGUACUCUCACUUAUAUUCCCUUGGUGGGAACCACCAUUAAAAACAGGUGGAUUAUUAACACAUUGGCCACCAUCAGCUAUUAUCUUUGUAAUUUUAUCUGGAAGUUUAGCUUUUUCUGUGAAUUUAUCAAUAUACUGGAUAAUUGGAAAUACUUCUCCUGUAACAUAUAAUAUGGUUGGACACUUAAAAUUUUGUAUCACUUUGGUUGGUGGUGUAAUAUUGUUUCAAGAUCCAAUCUCUUUUAAUCAAACCAUUGGAGUACUAAUGACUUUAUUUGGCAUAAUAUUAUAUACACAUUUCAAAGUUCAAGAACAAAACAAGAUGGAGAUUUUGUCCAAGCCUAAAAUGAUGAAACCAAUCUGAUUUAAAAUAUAUUCAUACAAUUGUAUGGUAAUUCUCCUUGUUUAAA